GUGCCCACUUCCAAGAUGGCGGCUGCAGCGUCACCAGCCCCUCAUAACGAGCAGCAGCCAAGCCGGGCGGAAGUGAGUUUGGCCGGAAGUGGGUCCGUCCCGAAUUGGGUCCCCCGCGGGCGGAUGCGCAGGGCCUGGCGGCGGGGAGCGAUGGAGGCCGGCGGGCACGGGCAGGAGGCCGAGGCGGGCGGCCAUGGCGGCCACAAGAAGAAGCACAAGAAGCACAAGAAAAAGCACAAGAAACGGCACCACCACGAGGCCGGGCCGGCCCCGGGGCCCGAACCGCCUCGGCAGCCACGGCUGCGGCUCCGGAUUAAGCUGGGAGGGCAAAUCCUGGGCACCAAGAGUGUCCCCACGUUCACGGUGGUCCCCGAAGGGACGCACUCGCCGUCCCCGCUGCUGGCAGGGGACGAGGAGGAGCCCAGCGUGCCCAUCGAGCAGUACCGAGCAUGGCUGGAUGAGGACAGCAACCUGGCCCCCUCACCACUGCCUGAGCUGGACCCCGAGAACUGCUUCCCUGCCCGUGAGGAGGGCGAGGAGGAGGAGGAGGAAGAGGAGGAGGAAGAGGAGGAGGAGGAACGGCGCUGGCUGGCGGCCCUCGAGAGGGGGGAGCUGGAUGACAACGGUGACAUCAAGAGGGAGGUGGACGAGUCCCUCCUGACAGCCCGGCAGCGCGCGCUGCUGCACAAGCAGCAGAGCCAGCCCCUGCUGCAGCUGCCCAUGGGCGCCAAGGCCAAGGAGGUGACGGAGGAGAUGCGGGAGAAGCGCGAGGAGCGGGCGCGGCGCCGGCGGCUGCAGGCGGCCCGCAAGGCCGAGGAGAGCAAGAACCAGACCAUCGAGCGCCUGACGCGCACGCACAAGGCCAAGGUCCGGGCCCUGCGCGAGCGCCGCGCCCGCCCGGCCCCGUGCCCAGUGGUUCAUUACCGCAGCGCCGCCGACGGCGUCACCGUCUCCUUCCCCGCGGGCUUCCCGGUGCCCGCGGCCGCCGCCGCGCCGCCCGCGCCGCCCGCCCAGCCCUGCGCCGUGCCCGGCUGCGGCAACGCCAAGCGCUACAGCUGCGCCCAAACCGGGCGGCCCCUCUGCAGCCUGGGCUGCUACCGGCGCAACCUGCAGCUGCUGCAGAGCGCGGGGGCGCUACAGACCUUCACCAGGGGCUAUGGACCCGCUGUGGGGCUACAGACCCUGACCAGGUGCUACAGAUCCUCCCCAGGGGGCUGCACACCCUCACCAGGGGGCUAUGGAACCUCCCCAGGGGGCUACAGACCCUGUCUGGGGGCCUACGGACCCUCCCCGGGGGCUGUGGAUCUUCCCCGGGGGCUACGGAUGCUUUGCCGUGGGUACAAGGGCCAGAUCACCCGGCCAUAUGGAAUUCCUGGAUUUUCUGCAUGGACACAGCUGGAAGAGGAACCUGUAGGUCUGCACUGUGGGGAGCUCCAGAUCGUCCACGUGGAGCCAGAACAAAGAGCUUCAAAACCUCUGCUGUGGAUACAGAGGCUCUGGCCACGCCACCCGGAGAGCUGCACUUCCUUAUGGACACCUGGAGCUCCUCCAAACGGGUGUGGACACCUGGGAUGUGGAGCUCCAGAGGGCUCUAGGCUCUCCACUGUGGACACGGAGGGUUGGGGACCGGACCCCCGCAGGGACUGAGGGGAUCUGGUGUGGCGGAGCUGAUUAAAGGCUGUUGUUGAAGGA